CCACAGAGAGAGAAGGAGAAGUAGCGAGUGAGUGAGAGGUUUUGAAGAAAGAAGGAUUUCAAGUCGAAGGAUAGAAUAGAUCCAGAGAUGGUGAGAAACAGAGUGUUUGGCCAGGUUAUGGAAGAAAGAGAUAAUCCAGCAUUCUUCAAGAUUCUUCGAAGGGAAGAUUUUUCGUCUGAAAUGAUGAGAAUGAUUCCACAUCACUUGAUAAGAAGCAUCUCCGACAAGUCUUCAUCGUUUAAGAUGGUCUUAAAAGUACCAUGGGGAAGCUCAUGGCAAGUUAAAAUCUCCAAGAACCCAAUUUUUCACUACAUGGAAGAUCGUGGUUGGAACCAGUUUGUGAAUGACAACGGUUUGGGUGAAAACGAGUUUCUUACUUUCACUCAUGAGGCAAAUAUGUGCUUUAAUGUAACCAUAUUCGAGGCAGAUGGUACGGAGAUGCUUAGACCAAGACAACCUUCAACCAUUACUUCUAGUUCCCGUCGGAACAAGAGAGAAGAGAGGAAGAGCAUCUACAAAGAUGUGAAGAAGGAAGAAGAGAUAGAGUCUUGGUCUGAAUCGAGCUAUGCUGGUCAUAAAACUGCUGAAUCUACAAGUGGGAGAUUGAAGCAGAAACAUGAGCUCAACUUGAGAAAGAAGGAAGCCGAUAAAGCCGAAAAAUCCAAGAAGAGUAAGAAGAAGAAAGUGGAUACUGUUUGUAACGAUUCUGAAGCCGGCACUUCAUCUCUUGUUCCAGAAUUCAAGCUCACCAUAAAGAAAUCACACCUCUUGUUCUUGGGGAUCCCGAAGAAGUUUGUGGAUAUGCAUAUGCCAAGUGAGACAAAGAUGUUCAAGAUUCGUCAUCCAAGAGGAAAGAAGUCAUGGGAGGUAUGGUAUGUGGUCAAUGAUGUACAAUCAAGAUUCUCUGGUGGAUGGAGUCGUUUGGCCAAAGAGUUAGGUUUAGUGGUCGGAGAUGUUUGCACGUUUGAGCUCAUCAAACCGACCGAGAUGUGUGUCAAAGUCUCCAAAGAAUAGACUCCAUGAUGAUGAUAUGUGAGGUGUAGUUGGAGAAUUAGUGAAGAACUUGUGCUCAAUGUUAGGACUAAUUUUAUAAUUGUGUUUUUUCUACUUAAUGCUUAGGUGUGAUUGUGUAUCCAUUGAUGAAUCUGAUCUCAGUUUGAGUAAAACAGAUUCAUUCAUUUUAUUAAAGAUUAUUGUUGUAA